GUUCUAGACUGGAGGAUGAGCCGACUCUCGGCUCAUCCGCCUUCUAUAGUGUACGUGACAUAAACUAUACAUAACCUAUAGAUUUUUACCCGUCUACACCACUCACUCGGAUGAGCCGAGAGUCGGCUCAUCCUCCAGUCUAGAACGGGCAUAAUCAACUUCGCGUCAAUCAACGCGAAGUUGCAUAGAAUUCCGUUAUACAGGACUAACACGACAUCCUCCGUUGAAAAAUCUUCGACGGAGACUAUGAGACGACUCCGUUAUCCGAAUCUGGACGCAAUCAUACCUCUUAUUAAUUACCAAGAUCUUCAAUACUACGGUACUAUCUUUAUUGGAACUCCACCGCAAAAGUUUAAUGUACUUUUCGAUACUGGUUCCUUUGUACUCUGGAUACCAUCCAAAAACUGCAACGUUAGCCAACCUGCUUGCUUGGAACAUAAUAAAUAUGAUCGUACAAAGUCUACCACAAACGUGGUGCCCGAUGCAGGCCCAACUCCAUUUGCUAUUCCUUACCACAAUGGAAUGUGGCAAGAUGGCAUACUGUACGGAAACUCUUCUUAUGAUGACGUAAGGUUUCAUGAGGAUUGGAAUGCGGUUCCAACACAGGUAUUAGCAGAAGUGUCUAAUUUCUCGACAAGUUUUUGGGACUGGUCACAAUGCGACGGCGUUGUGGGGCUGGGUUAUUCAGACGAGAAUCUCUUCCAAAACAUGAUUGAGCGAGAUCUGGUGGACCAACCAAUUUUUAGCAUCUAUUUAAAUCGGAUUCAAGUAAAAAAUUACACCUCUUGCUCAGAAGGCUGUCAAGCUAUCGUCGACACGGGCGCUCUUAUGAUAGGUGGACCACCGAGGGCUAUCGCAGCUCUCAAGAGAGAGAUCGGUGUGGUUAAUCAUACG